AUGUACGGCCUCAAGUACGACGACUUGCUUGUGGAUACGACCGCGGUGCAGACGGCAUUGCACUGGGUUAACGACGAGGAAUACCAGGCUCGCACGAAACGCAUCGCUCGCGCUGCCGACUGCUCGCUCAAGCGCGGCUACCUACCGGACGAGAUUCAGGCCAUUCAGCGCCCGCUUGACUUUUACAUGUUUGACAAAGUCAUAGAGGCUGCAAAGCUUGCGGAGGAGCGUGCCGAUCUGACGCGUUGGUAG